AUGGACAAUAGUGUAUUAGCAUCACUUGCAGUAUAUAAACAACAACGUCGAAGACGUUUAAUUAAAAAAAAGCAUAAACGACGUCAUUUAUUAAAUAUUCGACGAAUUCUUCUAGAUACAACAUAUCCUAAUCUGUUUAUUAGGUCUUUUCACAAUGAAGAUAUACCCGUUGAUGAUAAUUUAAAAUUGACAUCAUCGUCUGCCUUUAUUACUGAAGAACAGAAUGAACAUUCAUCUGAUGGUACACUUGAUUUGUGUGCUAAUGAAGAAUCACGUGAUGAUGUAAAUCUUAAUCAUCAUAAUGGCAACGUUAAAUGUAAUUUAAAAGAAGAAAAAUUCCAUGCUGAUAUUUAUGACAUCGAUGUUGAUAUAAUAUUUUAUCAAUUGAUUGAUCGACUAUGGCCUGAGAUUAUCGAAUACAAACAACAACUUGCAUCAAAUUCGUCGAAUGAAUAUAAUGAUAUUCCACUGAAUGCUUUAUAUCGAAAUAUGAUAAGUCGUCUUGCUUAUAGUGUAGAUUUUGUUAGUCUUAUUCUUCAUGUUGAUGGUGUUUCUCUUUGCAAAUCUUCAAAACUGACCAUAUGGUUACUAAGUGGUAUAUUUAUUGAACUACCAACUCAUUUACAAUAUAGACGUCAUGGUAUGAGUUAUUGUCUAUAUGGGUUGGUUAUAGCGAACCAACACCUAGUACUUGGUUAUCUUCAUGUUUUCGUCGUUUAAAUCGAUUAAACAAAGAAGUUAAGAAUUUUUUAUUUCAAUUUAUACUAGAGAGCGCUAAAAACAUUCUAAAUACAGAAUUAUUUAGUAAUAUUGGUAUACAUGUAUAUAAAACAAAUCUAUUAUAAAAAAAGUUUCAACAUUCGUUUAUGUUUGGAAACUGUUUAUAUUAUUUAUAACAAAAUGAAGAUUUGGAUGAAUGAUAAAAAAAUGAGAGUAGUUUCUAAAAAUAACAACAUUUUUACAACCAUUUAUCAAUAGUGAGAGCUUUUCUAGAAAAUUAAUAAUCGAUAUACAUUAAGAUCACAAAACAAGAGAAGGGAUGUAAUGCAUUUUUUUCUUAGAAAAACGUAUCAUUUUAUAAAAAAUUCCUUUUUUGAAAUAUCUAGUAAUUUGAUAUAAGGAAAAUAAUUUUGUUUUGUUUUUUUCUUUCAGGUGUGUCUCUGAGAAAUGGCAAAAAAUGUCAAGUGUUUUUUUAUAGUGUGGUUGGUGAUUGCCCAGCUUUAAAGAUCGCAUUAGAAUUCAUUGGACACACAGGAUAUUACUGUUGCUUUUUUUGUUACAUUGAAGGUGAACACAUUGGAGACCGUAGCGGUAAAAGACAAUAUUAUAAUGAAGAUUAUUUCGGCUUCGAGAUGAACGACAUUAUGAAUUAGAAGCAAUUAAAGCUGUUGGGUGUGGGUGUGGGUGUGGGUGUGUGGGUGUGUGGGUGUGAGUGUGGGUGUGGGUGUAGGUGCGGGUGUGCAUGUAGGUGUGGGUGUUGGUGUGGGUGUGGAUGUGGAUGUCUGUGUGGGUGUAGGAGUUUCAGUAAAUACUCACACUCAUCCAUAUGCAAACCUAUACCCACCCACACACACCCACACCUACAUCCACCCCCAACCCCCCACCACCCCCACCCACACCAACACCCGCACCCACACGCAUACUCACUCACACCCACACCUACACCCAUACCCAAACCCUGAAGUCGUUCGUUUUUCCUAUGAAGAUUUGUACAGUCUUCACUUUAUUUGAGAAAAUAUGUUUUCUCUUUCGUAUCAUGUUAAAAAGUCCAAGAUUAAAUCAUUCACACGUGAGAUAGUCAAAAAAACUAAGCAAAACAUAUACGUACAGAUUUCCUAAUAUAAAAGAAGGAAAGUGACGAUCUUCUUCGAAUAGUUGAGUUUAAAAACG